GAGGAUGCAAAGCGACGAAGAGACGAACGGGUGCUGAAGCAGGUAGGCAAGUCGAUGAGUGAAUUCCAGCUUGAGUUGCAAGCGCUGAGGGAAGAAGCGAUGAGAACAAAGGAGGAAAUUUUCUUCAAGACCAGGUACAUCUUCCUUCUUGGUCAGGAAACGAACAGAUGUAGACUGUCUGUGUCUUCCUUCACUCCUCGGAGGGUUUGUGACAGCGGGCGGGGAGCAAGAUUGAACUCCUCGAAGCUCGUCAAGAUCUAUGAAGACCUGCUGGCGUACAAGAAGUUGAACAAGAUAUUCUUUCAGUGGAUCAUCAGCUGCAAGAAUUGCGUGAUUGAUCGCAUCUCGUCGGGUGAGAGGCAACGGGGGGUGGGAGAAGGAGAAGAAGUGGAAGUCGUCCACAGUCAAUAGAACUUCAAGCAAGGGC